AUGGAAUCGCCAUUGGGAGUGGCAAUCCCAGCCUCAAACUCCACCGUGUCCGUGUCGAUCAUCGACACCACAUCCUGGGCAUACAAAAUUCCGUGUAGAGAUCUCUUCUAUCCUCGAUUCGCCGGUCUCGAUACCUUUGACAUUUGCUCCUACGCGUUUUUGAUCACACAUAAUAAUCGCCACGUCCUUUUUGACCUCGGCAUCAAAAAGGAUUGGGAAGAGCUCGUUCCUGACACUGUCGCGCGGCUCAAGAGAUCCGGCACCUCGGUCGUAGUCGAGAAGGAGCUUGUCGAUAUCUUGCGUGACGGCGGGACUGACCUGAACGAUAUUGAUGCUGUGGUUCACAUACAUUGGGACCAUACAGGGAACCUUGCUAGUUUCCCACCGUCGACUGACCUUGUCGUGGGUCCAGGUAUCGUCGAUCGUUUCAUGCCUGGCUGGCCAACAGUUGCCGACUCGCACUUCCGCGAGUCCGAUGUCUUGGGCCGAAAGAUCACUGGUUUGGAAAAUCAGCGUUUCACAAUUGACAUUGGUGGCUUGCGUGGGUACGACUACUUCGGAGAUGGGAGCUUUUAUCUACUCAAUGCACCAGGGCAUUCCCUUGGACAUAUCAAUGCCCUCGCUAGGACAUCAGCCGACCCAGAUACAUACAUUUUCUUGGCUGCCGACAGUGUUCACCUCGCGGGCGAAGUUCGGCCUACCCAUUCUCUCCCACUCCCGGACGAGAUUGAUGUCCCAAACAUAGUUCCUCGACCUUGUCCUGCCGAGCACCUGCUGCAAAUCCAUCCUAGGGCAUCGCGAAUGCUCCAGUUUCUGGGCCUAGAUCGAUGCUUUCCUGAGGAUCUCGAUGCAGCAGAAAAAACGAUCGAGAGUAUAGAGAAGUUUGAUGCCGAUGAGCGAGUAUUGGUGGUAUGGGCGCACGAUGUUACCAUGUACAAGACGUUGGAAUACUAUCCAGCAAUCGCAAAUGGGUGGAAAGCCAAAGGCUGGAAGGGGACUGGCCGGUGGGCGUUUCUGUCGGAUUUGCAGAAGAUCGCCAAUGAGCAGAAGGUUAAAUCACAGCAUGAGGAGCUAUGA